GAAUAUCUGGAGCCAUGACCGAGGAUUCAAGGAAGCCAUUUAUAUUACGGCAUUAAUGUAUUGUUCUAUGCCAUAUCUGUACCGCGAAAUUUACUCCUUUGAAGCAUGAAAUCUUCUCUUUAUAAAGAAUCCUCUGAACCCCUAAAGUCAGUGCAAUUCUAUCAUUUCCAUAUACAAAAACAAAGAAAAGAUUAAAAAGAUAACAUAGUCGAAAAAUGGCAGCUAGAUCCUUGAUCAAAUCAGCACUUCCUCUUCUCGUUGUUGUUCGUCCUCAAAACCUCACCAGGCUCAGGCAUUUAACAUCCAUAGUUACGAAUCCUCAGCAUCAGCAGCAACCAAAACCAGCAUUUGCUGGAAACAAAAACCAUGGACUACUAUCGGAUUUUAGGGUUAUGUCAAUGUCAACAGCUGCAAGUACCAAUGUUACUAAGUCUGUUCAUGUUAGUGAAGCGCAUGCACUUGUUCAAGCAGGACACCAUUACUUGGACGUUAGGUCUGCCGAAGAAUUUACUGCAGGACAUCCUCCGGGGGCUGUAAAUGUUCCAUACUUGUUCAAAUAUGGAGACGAUUCAACAAAGAAUCCUAAUUUCGUGGAAGAAGUAUCAAAACUUUUCAAAGAGGAUGCUGAAAUUGUAGUGGGAUGUCUCAAAGGAAUUAGAUCUCUUAAGGCUGCUGCUGAUCUUUCAAAUGCUGGUUUCAAAAAUUUAACUGAUGUAGCUGGUGGAUAUCAAGAAUGGACUAAGAAUGGACUUCCUAUUGAGUAAGCAAAGACCUGUUCACAUGAACACCACAUGUUUUAGAAGUUUUUGACAAAAAUAAGGAAACAUUAGGUGCAUAAAUAUGACAAAUUAUAAUUUCAGUUUCUAAAUUCUCUGUGGAGAUGUGAUGUCGUGUUCAUGUAACUGAGGAAUGAGAUUAAAUACAAUAAUAAUCUGCUUGAGUACCUAAA